AUGAAGGAGGAAGCGGCAAGUGGAUUUGAUUGCUACGAUGGGAGUCGGGAGCGAGAAACCGAUGGAAACGAAAAAGUUGGAUCAGCGAAUAACAAUUAUAGUGAUGCUAGCAAUAAUGGUGAUGAUGAUGGAUACAGCGGUAUAGCCGACAGCAACUAUGAUACUAUUGAUAAUGAUGGUGAAAGUGAUGAUAACGAAACACUUACUAUGAGAACAGUGGCAGUGGCAAUGACUAUCAUAAAGGACGAUAACGCUGGCAACAGCAUUUAA